AUGGGAAGCGGAAUCAGCUCAGAAAGCAAGGAGUCUGCCAGAAGGUCCAAAGAACUGGAGAAAAAGCUCCAGGAAGACGCUGAGCGUGACGCCAGGACCGUCAAGCUGCUGCUCCUAGGAGCAGGUGAAUCUGGAAAAAGUACUAUCGUUAAGCAAAUGAAGAUCAUCCACAAGAACGGGUACAGUGAGCAGGAGUGCUUGGAGUUCAAAGCAGUGGUCUACAGCAACACUCUGCAGUCCAUCCUAGCCAUCGUGAAAGCCAUGGCCACACUUGGGAUUGAGUAUGCGGACCCCAGGAGCACCGAAGAUCAGCAGCAGCUCUGGACCAUGGCAGAUGCCCUGGAAGAUGGGUUCAUGACAGCUCAACUGGCCGAGGUGAUCAAGCGACUGUGGCGAGACCCAGGGAUCCAGGCCUGCUUCGAAAGAGCCUCUGAAUACCAGCUCAACGACUCUGCAGCCUACUACCUUAAUGAUUUAGACAGAAUAGCUGCUCCUGGAUAUGUGCCAAAUGAGCAAGAUGUUCUUCAUUCCCGAGUGAAGACGACUGGAAUCAUUGAAACUCAGUUCUCCUUUAAGGACUUGCACUUCAGAAUGUUUGAUGUAGGUGGGCAGAGAUCGGAGAGGAAGAAAUGGAUUCACUGCUUUGAAGGCGUCACAUGCAUUAUAUUUUGUGCUGCACUCAGUGCCUAUGACAUGGUCUUGGUAGAAGAUGAAGAAGUGAACAGGAUGCAUGAAAGCCUCCAUCUGUUCAACAGCAUCUGCAACCACAAGUACUUUGCAUCCACCUCCAUCGUCCUCUUUCUCAACAAAAAAGAUCUCUUUCAAGAAAAAGUGAACAAAGUGCAUCUCAGCAUCUGCUUUCCAGAGUACACUGGCCCAAAUACCUUUGAAGAUGCAAGCAACUACAUCAAGAACCAGUUUCUAGACUUGAAUUUGAAGAAAGAAGACAAGGAGAUUUACUGCCACAUGACCUGUGCGACGGACACACAAAACGUCAAGUUCGUGUUUGAUGCUGUUACAGAUAUAAUCAUCAAAGAGAACCUGAAAGACUGUGGGCUUUUCUAACCCUUUCCUCUUCCCUUCUUGCUCACGUGAUCUUUUCAAGAUACAAAAGAAAGGGUGCGAUGUGAUUAGUUUGAAUAGAUAUAGAGAAUAGUAUAGAGAACUGUACUUGCAUUGUAAAACCUGUUCCCCUACAAAAAUUUUAAUGUUAUGAUCACUUGCAACCUGAUCAGUUUCAAUUUCUCCAUCACAUGGAAGACAUGGUCUCUGAUGUCAGCAGAUUUAAAUACAUAUAUUUUGGUAACUGCAACAGUAGAGGUCAGUGAUGCUGAAUUUUCUUGGAAGUAAGUUUCUGUCAGUGGCUUAUUUUUCAUCAUAGAUUAGUGAAAAAGCGGAGUAUUGCAUAUCAUUUCCAUAAGCCAGAUCUUAAGAGGCAACCACUCCCACACUGUGCAGUGUUCGUAAUUGGUCAGUUAGGCCUCACCUCAGCAGUUACAAAAGAAAUAUUCACUGUGCAUAUUCUUGUUGAAGGGCAGUUGCAUGUGCAGAAUAAGUCUGUAUGAUUUUAUCUGCCACACUCUGCCCUUAAGGCCAAAGUUACCUUGGAUUUCCAAACUUUAAUAAUGCACUUUUUUCCACCGUCUUGGAGAAAGAGGAGGAAAGUUAUGGCUGAAUACACAAUGUAGGGCUGAAUUUACCCCCUGGACGAUGGUCUUCACUGAAGAAGUUAUUCCUUGCUUUUUUUUCCAGAGUGACAGGAGAUUUUUAGAUGAUGACUUGAGCUUCUCUAUUGGUACUUAAUGGUACUUCUAAAUAUUAUAUUAUAUUUUAUUCUAAUCAUCAGGCCUACUUUUGCAAAGCUAAAUUGUUACCUUACAAAUUAAUUCAUGUUAUUUAUGGGGAUAAGAGGGGAUUUGUGUGUGUGUGUGUGUGUGUUGUUUUUCUGUUUUGUUUUGUUUUGUUUUUUGCAAAGUGUCAACUAUUUCCAAAAUGCACUCUUUAGGCCUGGCUUGAUAUCGUUUACCCUUCCACCCAGAUGAGAGGUGAUAUGUAAGUCAGACUGUUAGAUCUCCGCAUACUAUUUGUAACGACGCUGAAGAAAAAUUUAAUUAGAUCUUUAAAAGCUAAGUGAGAUGUAGGGAAUCUAACAAGCAACUUGUCAGUCUAGAUUUCUGGUGAGUUUGGAUAAUCCUGCCUCUAGGCAUAGGUACUUCCUGUGAGUGACACAUUUCUAUCCUGAACAGGUGAGAACGGCCGUCACUCAGUAAAUAAUUUCGACUCCAAUGAAAGGUUAAAAAUACCAUCAAAUGAAAAAUAAAUUAUACUUAAUUGUAAUCCCUUUGUAGAACAUACCUUAUUAAGGAGCCCAAGACACUCAGCACAGAAAAGCAUGAGCAAUCACUGCAAUCAAGCAUCGAGAGAGAUCCUGUGGCUGAGAACCAAUUUCUGCAGAGCAACAAGCCAGCGUUUUGUUAGGGGACAUUCACUGCUACGAGAAUGUAAAUUAAGAUUACAAAUACUGUAAUCUCCUCCCUGGAGUUUCUUUGUUUUGUUUCCUUUUUGCUGUGUUGAGGGUUGAAGCCCAGGCCUCCAAAUGCUAGGGAAGUGCCCAACCACUGACUGACACCCUCGGCCUCACCCACUGCUUGUCUUUUUCUCCCCGCUGCACCAUGACCAGUGACAAAAAUAUAUUAAUUGAAGUAUUGAUAUGAUCAUUACUUCGAUAUUGCUUGAUUUUGGUUUGAGACAGGGGCCUUCUCCACUGUCCAGUCUGGCUUUGAGCUCAAAAUUGUCCCCUCUCAUGCUCCCAAAUAGAGGGGACCACACCCCGGGACACCACACCUAGCUUGAGAUUGACCCUCACUCUGAUUUAAACUUUAGAUUCCUCUUUAAAAUAUAAUAGGGGGGUCAAAAUGCUCAGCUUACCUUUUAACACAACAUAAUUCAUUUUGUAAAAAGUGACAAGCAUGCAUUUACUUUAUGAAAUACUAUUCUAUAGGGACUUUAGAAACAAUGUUAAAUGAUCAAAAAAAUGUAAAUCGGUUCAGAUUCUUUUAAGAAUUUUUAAAAAAUUUCUUCCAGUCUUAUGAUUCAACAUAAAAACAUCUUUUCUUCAUGGUCAAAAAUAGUGCCCUGCUAA